AUGGCUAUGAAAGCAAUGAACAUCCUGCAAUUUCUCUUGCUUAUCCUCCAACUAAGUCUUCAAGCCACACAUGGCAUUGGCAGAUAUGGUGGUGAAUGGCAAACUGCCCAUGCAACAUUUUAUGGUGGCAGUGAUGCUUCUGGCACAAUGGGAGGGGCAUGUGGUUACGGAAACUUGUACAGCCAAGGGUACGGAACUAGUACAGCAGCUCUAAGCACUGCUCUGUUCAACAAUGGUUUGAGCUGCGGGGCAUGUUAUCAAUUAAGAUGCAACCAUGAGAGUGACCCCAAUUGGUGCCUCCCUGGUGGCAUCACUAUCACAGCCACCAACUUCUGUCCUCCUAAUAACGCUUUGUCCAAUGACAAUGGUGGGUGGUGCAAUCCUCCUCUUCAACACUUCGAUUUGGCUGAGCCUGCUUUCCUGCACAUUGCAGCCUAUCGUGCCGGAAUUGUGCCCGUACUCUUCAAAAGGGUUCCAUGUGUGAAGAAAGGAGGCAUAAGGUUCACCAUGAAUGGUCACUCAUACUUCAACUUGGUGUUGAUAACAAAUGUUGGGGGUGCAGGGGAUGUGAGAGCAGUAUCGAUCAAGGGGUCUAAAACAGGGUGGCUGCCAAUGUCAAGAAACUGGGGCCAAAAUUGGCAGAGCAACUCCUACCUCAAUGGCCAGAGCCUCUCCUUUAAAGUCACCGCUAGCGACGGACUCACACUCAUCAGCUCCAAUGUCAUGCCUGCUGGUUGGAAAUUUGGACAGACCUUUGAAGGUGGUCAAUUUUAG